AUGACCACCGGCGACGACCCGGCGGCACCCAAACCCACCCUCCCGGACAACACCGACAACACCAACAAGGACGGCCUGCCCAGGGACGUCCGCGACGAGUACGUCAACCCGCUCGAGCAGUCCGCCCGCUGGUACCUGGCCACCCAGGCCUACGGCCUCCGCUCCGGCGCCGGCCUCGCCUUCGGCAUCUCGGGCCGCUACUCGCCCUCCCCGCCCUCCCCCGCCCGGACCAUCUACCUCGACGCCACCCUCGGCCGGUGCAAGGAGAAGGGCGCCAUCCGGGUCGACGUCUACGCCCCGCGGGGCCACUUCAGGAGUAGCGGCAGCGGCAGCGGCAGCGGCAACGGCACCGCCAAUGGCAAGAACGGCAGCAGGGCCGGCAGCAAGCGCGGCAGCGCGGCGAGCAGCAGAGUCGACCUGGUCCGGCAGCAGGACGGCGGCACUCUGUCGCGCACCGCCUCCGAGUCGACCGUCCAGAGCGCCGUCAGCGAGGGCGCCGCCGACCUGAGCACCCGGAGCACCAAGCAGCGCCGCAAGCGCCUGAAGCGGCACCUCAGCCGCACCGUCUCGGCCAUGUCCUUCAGCUCCGUCGAGUUCCAGCAGGACGAGGCCGCCACCGUCGACGCCAUGCUGCCCGUGCCGCGCCUCGGCGUCAUCAACUUCCACGGCGGCGGCUUCAUCCUCGGCAACGGCACCGACGACGCGCGCUGGGCCGCCGCCGCCGUCGCCCAGCUCGACGCCGUCGUCUUCUCCGUCAACUACCGCCUCGCCCCUUCCUACCCCUACCCGACGCCCGUCGAGGACUGCGCCGACGCCAUCCUCCAGAUCGCCCAGCGCGCCGACGAGCUCGGCGUCGACGCCGAGCGCCUCGUCGUCUCCGGGUUCUCGGCCGGCGGCACCCUGUCCCUGGCGAGCUGGUGCCUGCUCCAGGACCCGCGGCGCUGGGGCUACGAGCUGCCCCGCCCGGCCCCCGCCCUCGCCGGCUUCGCCCUCUACUACCCGCUGCUCGACUGGACCGUCAGCCGGCCCGACAAGCGCCUCGGCUGCGCCCGCCCGGACCUGACCCUGCCCAAGGGCAUGACGGACCUCUUCGACGCGUCCUACCUCCACCCGCCCAUCCCGCGCGAGCGCCGCGACGACCCGCGCCUGUCGCCCGGGCUCAUGCCCGACGCCAUGCUCGAGCGCCUGCCGCCCGUGCACCUCUGCCUCUGCGAGUUCGACAUGCUGCUCGCCGAGGGCCGGCGCUUCGCCGAGCGCCUGCGCGCGCGGGGCAGGCCCGUCGAGCUGCGCGUCGUCGAGCGCGAGAAGCACGCCUGGGACAAGCCGCCGCCCAUGGCGCCCAAGAGGUCCGCCGACGUCGAGUACCGCGCCGCCAUCGAGACCAUACAGGCGUGGGUCGCCUCGCGGGCCGACGACGGCGAGGACGACGACGACCCGGAGAUCAGAGCCGCGCUGACGACGUGA